GCGGCGUUGACUUUGAGAUCAGAGCUUUCUGUGCCAAGUCGAUAGAAGAGAAGAUUCACAAGAGGAACUCAGUGCGUCUGGUGAUCAGGAAGGUUCAGUACGCUCCAGAGAAGCCGGGUCCUCAACCGAUGGUGGAAACGACUCGAAGCUUCCUGAUGUCUGACAGAUCUCUGCACCUGGAGGCCUCACUGGAUAAAGAGUUAUAUUACCACGGAGAGCCGAUCAGCGUCAACGUUCACGUCACCAAUAAUUCCACCAAGACCGUAAAGAGAGUGAAGAUCUCUGUGCGUCAGUAUGCAGAUAUCUGCCUGUUCAGUACAGCCCAGUAUAAAUGUCCAGUGGCCCAGCUGGAAGCAGACGACCAGGUGUCGUCCAGCUCCACCUUCUGUAAGGUCUACACUCUGACUCCGACGCUGGAUAAGAACAGAGAGAAGAGAGGACUCGCUCUGGACGGGAAACUCAAACAUGAAGACACCAACCUGGCCUCCUCCACCAUAGUGAAGGACGUGACCAAUAAGGAGGUUUUGGGGAUUCUGGUUUCCUACAGAGUCAAAGUGAAGCUGGUUGUGUCACGUGGAGGGCUGCUGCGAGGCAUGUUGGAGAGAGACGUUUCGGUGGAGCUGCCGUUCAUCCUAAUGCAUCCUAAACCUGUGGAGCCUCCUCUGUCCCGCCCUCAGUCAGCUGUGCCAGAGAUGGAUCCGCCCAUCGACACCAAUUUGAUAGAGUUCGACACAAACAUUUCCCAGGACGACGACUUCGUCUUCGAGGAUUUCGCCCGUCUGCGGCUCAAAGGCGUCGUGGACGACAAAGACGAGGACUGCUAGGAGCUCGCCAAGCCUUCAUAUGCUCGCUUCGAAACACACACACACACACACACACACACACACACAC